CCUUUUCGUCCAAGGCCCCAAGGCAUGUGUAACUUGAGAUUCUGGAUUAACUACCAUCAAAAAGUAGAACAUACAUGGAAGAAAGUGAGAUUAAUGAUCUAGGUUUCCAUGUAGGGAUUGAGUUGUCUCUUGAUGACGAUCUUGAAGAAGUUGGUAUGAUGACGAAGAAGACGCCCGUAGCUUCAUCUGUUCUCGCGUUCAAUAAUCUCACCUACAGUGUUAACACAAGUAAAGAAUCGAGAUUUCGUGGUAUCCUUGGCCGAAAACAUACCCAAGCAAUAACAAGUACGCGUGCCAAGAGAAAAAUGUUGCUGAAUAAUAUCUCAGGUGAAGCUAGAGAAGGUGAGAUUUUAGCUAUUCUUGGUCCAAGUGGUUCGGGCAAGUCCACCUUGAUUGAUGCACUUGCCAAUAGGAUAUCCAAGGAAAGCUUAGGAGGAUCGGUAACACUGAAUGGAGAAACUCUGGAGUCCGGGGUUCUUAAGAUGAUAUCUGCUUAUGUCAUGCAAGACGAUUUGUUAUACCCUAUGUUAACAGUUGAAGAGACACUCAUGUUUUCUGCUGAGUUCCGAUUACCACAUUCGCUCUCCAAAGCCAAGAAGAUGGAAAGAGUUCAAACUGUCAUCGACGAGCUGGGACUGCGUAAUGCAGCAAAGACCAUAAUAGGAGAUGAAGAUCAUAGAGGCAUCUCUGGUGGUGAGCGUCGCCGUGUUUCAAUUGGAGCUAAUAUGAUUCAUGAUCCAAUUCUAUUGUUUCUCGACGAACCAACAUCAGGACUGGAUUCGACAUGUGCUUUCAUGGUGGUUAAAGUCCUGCAACGAAUCGCUCGGAGUGGGAGGAUAGUGAUUAUGUCAGUUCACCAACCUAGUUCUAGAGUUGUUUCCCUGCUCGACCAGUUGAUCUUCCUCUCCCAGGGAGAAACCGUCUACUAUGGCUCACCUGUUAAUCUCUCGCCAUUUUUGUCAGAGUAUGGUCAUUGCGUCCCAGAGAAUGAAGAUACAACCGAAUUCAUGCUUGAUGCAUACCGCGAACUUGAGGAUGUACCUGGUGGGACAAGACGUAUGAUCGAAUUAAACCAAGAAUGGUACAAGAAACGGAACCAUCGUUCCAAUUCAGAGUAUUCUACUACCAGGUUGGAUCAAAGCUCAAAGGAGGUCAUACCAAGGGGCAAACUCAUUUACAAGGACAUUGGUCUGACGUCAUUUGCAAAUCCAUUUUGGUUUGAUACUGUUGUCCUCGUGAAACGAUCAUUAAGAAACUCAAACAGGAUGCCCGAGGUAAUUAUGAAUCAAAUAGGUAUCACACUAUUUCUAGCCUGUUUUUUAGGGAGUUUGUUUUGGCACCUUGAGAAAACGGAACAAGGGGUUCAAGAACAAAUAGCAUUCUUCGCUUUUAUGGUGACGACCAUCUUUUUCUGCUGCACAGAUAUACUUGCAGUUUGCAUCCAAGACAGGCACAUCUUUAUAAGAGAAACAGCAUAUAAUGCGUACCACCGUUCAUCUUAUGCCCUGUAUCGCUCAAUUAUAGAUAUACCCAUAAUACUUAUAGUAUCUAUUAUUCUAGCAUCAAUAACGUUCUGGUCAGUAGGUUUAGGUGGUGGAUAUUCCGGUUUCUUAUUCUAUUUCUUUGUGAUAUUCACAGCAUUUCAGGAAGGCCAUUCAGUAGUUACUUUGGUUUCAGGGUUGACCUUUAAUAUUAAGGUGGCUUAUGUUCUAGCUGUGCCUAUAAUCGGUUUAUUCCUUUUAAUUAGUGGUUUCUUUAUCCAUAGAAAUAGAAUACCAUCAUACUGGAUUUGGUACCAUUAUAGUUCAAUUGUGAAAUACCCGUACCAAGCUAUGUUAUUGAACGAAUACGAUGUGCCAGAUUUAUGUGUUGUUAAAGGUACUAAUGAACCAAUCAAGUCUUGCUUACUAACUGGACCGGAUAUAGUAAAAAAACAAGAUAUAAAUGAUUUAAGCAAAUGGAGUUGCCUGUGGAUCACUUUGGCUAUGUCUGUUCUCUAUAGAAUUCUGUUUUACUUGUCUUUAGUGAUUGGCAGCAGGAAUAAGAGGAAGUAGAUACGGGUCAAGUUAUAGAGUAAGUGCUGCACAGGUCGGUACUUGUUAUGUAUGUAAUAUUUGUUCAUCGACUAUAUUAUCGAUAUGUAUCAGUCCUUCAAAAUUGUUCAAUAAUAAAAAAAAAAAGAGUUUGAUGUUUGUUCUUAA